AUGAUCUAGGUUUUUUUUUUUUAUAUAUAUAUAUAUUAAUAUAUAAAUAUUAAUUUAGCCCAAGCUGCAAUAGAAGAAUUAGAAGUUUAUAGACAAAAUGAAUUUUUCGAAAGACUUUUUAGUUUUCCAAGUUUAUUUGAUUUGAUAAUAAAUGUAAUUUUAAGAGAAUUAACAGAAAAUUUUGAUAAAAUGAUUCCUUUAUUUUAAACUAAUAAAGAACAUUAUAACGAAUUAUUUAAAUAAAUAUUUAAAUAAAUUGAUGAAAAGGCAGAUAGAACAAAUACAAAUUCUUAAUUUUUAUCUUAAUUCUUAAGAAAUAUACUCGAACAUAGAAUUGAAGUUGAAAAAUAUUCUAAAGAACCUAGAAAAAUCCCAAGAAAUAUAAAAUCUUAUUCAUUAGAUAAUUUUGUAGGAUUUAAUUCUGGAUGUAUGUUAUUUGGAGAUCAUGGUUCAGGAAAAAGUGGAGUUUUAUUAUAUGUAACAAUGUGGGCCCAUUAUAAUAAAUGGAUAGUAGUAAAUGUACCAAACGCAUAUGAUUGGACUUAGAAAUCCCAUCCAUAUUAAAGACAUCCAUUGACAGGAAUAUAUAUUCAAAAUGAAUUAGCAAACGAAUGGUUAAAAUCAUUUAAACAUUCAAACGAAAGUUUAUUAAAGUAAAUAUGUAUAGACAUGAAAAUUUAUGGAAAAUAUGGUUUAAGUGGAUAACAUGAUAACGAAUGUGCGGCAGUAAAAAAUAUAGAAUAUAAAGAUAGGAAAGCAAAGUUUGAAGAUCAUAAGAAGUUUUAUGGGGAAAAAGAAAAAUUACAUGAUAUUGAAAUGAAUAAAUAAUUUAAUGUAAGAAUUUCUGAAAAACUAAAAGAACCUAAAAAUUUACUUGAAAUUGUAGAUUAUGGAAUAAAUAAUAUGUUUUUUUCUAAUAAUGCUAUAUAUGAAGUUUUAGAAUAACUAAGAUUUUAGAAAUAAUUUUGUGUCCUUAAAGUUAUUGAUGGAUAUAAUUUUAUGUUUAGAAAAUCUAUUUAUCCUUCUUUUAGAUAUGCCACAGAUACUUAAUUAAGAUCAACUGUACCUCCCUAUCAUUUGUCUGUUCCUAGAGCUUUCCUUAAUUUUGAUGGACACAAAUUCAAAAAUGGAUUCACUUUAUGUGCUUCUUCUGUAAAGUAAUAUCAUUAACAUGUAUUUACUCCCAAAAGUAUUUUAUUCCCUACAGGAUAUUCACAUGAAAUGAAAGGUAUUCCUUUAAAUGAUUUUAGAAAUGCUUGCUAUUAUUAUGUUUAGACUGGAUUAUGGUAAGCUGAUAAAAUUUCUAAAUGUUCAUUUGAUUUCUUGUGGAUGCAUUCAUAAGGAAAUUGGGGUUAGGCUUAAAAAGUUAUGAAAGAUCAUUAUUUGGAUAUUAUUUGA